UCCACGCCUAGGCUACUGCGCCUGCGCGGGCGGUCGGGCUGCGCGGCUGGACCCUGGUGGCGCAGCCCGUUCGGAUUCCUCAGCCCCAGCCCGCUUCUCCUAGGCUGGGACUGGUCUCCUUUCUGCUGUCUUUUUUUUUUUUUUUUCCUGUCUCCUGUUUAAAGGCCUCUUGGGGUUUUGAGCAGCUGCCAGUCAUGGAGGUGGCGCAGCCAAAGGACCUGAAGCAGCACUUGGCGCUGGCCAACAGGUCGCAUGCGGAGCUGUGCAGGAGGAGCCGGGUCUUCAACGCCCGGGACAGGAUCAUCGGGGGAGACACAAAAGCCUGGGAUAUUCAGGUUCAUGACCAGAAGAUUAAAGAUGCCACUGACAAAGCUCGACACGAAAGUUUCGCUUCUGAAAUGAGGCAAAAUGACAAGAUCCUGUGCAUAUUAGAAGAGCGGGACAGGAGAGACAGGAGAAAUCUCUGCAGGGCUAUAAAUGACUUCCAGCAGAGCGUCCAGAGGCCGGAAACUCGCCGUGAGUUUGAUCUGUCUGACCCUCUGGCCCUUAGGAAGGCUCUUCCAGCCCGGCAGUCAGAUAAUGAUAUUCGGAAUACAAUAUCGGGAAUGCAGAAAUUCAUGGGAGAGGAUUUAAACUUCCACAAGAGGAAGAAAUUCCAAGAGGAACAAAACCGAGAAUGGUCCUUGCAGCAGCAGCAGGAGUGGAAGGAUGCCCUUGCCCAGCAGAAGUGUGCAGAGGACCUCCACACAAAGACAAGACUUCAGUUUGACAGCACAGCCCAGCACAUUCAGAAUCUGGAAAGUGCCACCAGAAAGGCUGUGUGUGCAGCUGUGAAGGAAUUCAACAAAUGCCAGGCUGCAGAGUCAAUUGAUAGGAAAAUUCAUGAGAAAAAACAAGAGCAAGAGGACAACCUGACUGAGAUAUCCAACCUGCUUCAUGGGGACCUGCUCUCUGAGAAUCCAAACCAGGCAGCCAGCUCUUUCGGGCCUCACCGCGUGACCCCUGACCGCUGGAAGGGCAUGAGCCAGGCACAGCUGGAACAGAUCCGCCUGGUUCAGAAGCAGCAAAUCCAGGAAAAGAUAAGACUCCAGGAGGAAGCACGCCAGAGAGACCUGGACUGGGACCGGCAGAGGGUUCAGAAUGCCCAUGCAACCCUACUCCAGCAGCGGCAGCAGCAGCGGCAGCAGCGAGAGCUGCGCAAGGCCCUGGACUGCAACAACCUCAGACUGGCCGAGGAGCAUCUUCUGCGGGAAAAGUCUCUGAAAGAACUCUAUACAAAUCAUCACACCGAAGAUUAUUUCUCACAGUUUAAUACAAAAAGUCGCUAACACCAGGCACCUCUCUUCUCCAAAAUCAUUUAUGUGUAAAGUGUGGUGAUCUUGGAAAAAAAUCACAUUUAUUAAAAUAAUAAUAAUACACUUGCUCCAG